AAACCUGCAUUAAAUGUUUCUCUGCCUGCUCCGACCUGAGACGCCACAGCGCUGUAAGAAGUCAUAAAUGCAGCAGGGUAUCAAUCACCCGGCUGCCAUUACCAGGCCGCAGUAAACAACGAAUAAUAAAACCAAUGAUCUCUUUAUAACGGAAAAUAUACUUAACUGGAGCGUUAAGUCGAUACAUUUUCAUACCCAGAUACCGUCUCAAUUUGACAUGAAAAGGCGUAUAGAAAAAGAAGAGCACGGGCAAUAACCAGAAAUGCGUUUACAGAAUGAAAGCAAAACGCUCCUUUCUGACAUUCUAUUCCAUUAACCACGUUAUAACAAUGCGAUGAUAAUAAUACAUUUAACCAGGCUCUCUGCUCAAACACCUGAGUCUCUCCCUGAGGCUGCAGCUGCCGGCUCUGGACAACUGAACUCCGUGAUUUUUUUUUGUUGUUUUUGUUUGUUUCCUCUGGCAGUGAUAAGGUUUAUUUUCUUCUAACAGUAGCUUGCUCAUCUUUCCCCAGGUUCCGCUUCACCUUGGUUUCCUAAUUUUAUUGACGUGUACACAUGCACACCGAGAGUUCGGAGACCAUCCCGUGUGGACUGAAAGGAGCAGGCACCAAACUCGAAUCUGGAGUCCCGGCUUGGAAGCCUGUGUGUCUGCCCGAUAUCAGGAUGAAAACGCUCUGCCAAGGAUCCUAUCCACUCACAUUCAUUCUGAAGAUUGACGUGUCUAAAAGCAGAAUUGAAUAAAUCUAGGCAAGGUGCAGAGAAAAGAACAAAAAUGCACAAUCUGCGUCUCGGCGCCUCCUUUGUCUGCUCCUCACUACACAGAGCGUUUACAAAGCUCACUCUCGAAUCUGCUUUUAGGCCUUUCUAAUAGAUGGGCACUCUCAUCACCCUGGAGCGGUGCGCCAUGCUCUCUCACGCCGACCUCCUGGACGCUCGCCUGGGGAUGAAGGAGGCGGCGGCUGAACUUCUCGGGCACCGGGAGGCGGUGAAGUGCCGGAUGGGACCCGGGGGCUCCGAGCCUGGUCACCCGGGCGAUUGCCCUCCGGGCUCAGACACGGUGGAAGGUGCGACUCUCCUUCCCGGGGACAGCAUCACCUCGGCCGGAUCAAACCCGGGAGGAGGAGGCGGCGGUGGGGGCUCAGGCAGCGGCAAAGACCCGGACAAACAGCAGCAGCAGCAACAGCAGCAGCAACAACAGAGCCAGCAGAAACAGAAGAGGCACCGGACCCGCUUCACACCGGCUCAGCUCAACGAACUGGAGAGGAGCUUCGCCAAGACGCACUAUCCGGACAUCUUCAUGAGAGAGGAACUGGCUCUGCGCAUCGGCCUCACCGAAUCCAGAGUGCAGGUUUGGUUUCAGAAUCGCCGCGCCAAGUGGAAGAAGCGCAAGAAGACCACCAAUGUGUUCCGUGCGCCGGGCACGCUGCUGCCGACUCCUGGACUGCCUCAGUUCCCGGGCGCCAGCAUGGGAGACGGCCUGUGCUCCUUCCACGCCAACGAUACCCGCUGGGCCACGGCGGGGGUGGGCGUCUCGCAGCUCCAGCUGCCCCCGGCCCUGGGCAGGCAACAGGCCAUGGCUCAGUCCCUGUCCCAGUGCAGCCUCGGCGGGCCACCCAAUUCCAUGGGGCUCUCCAACAGCCUGGCCAGCGCUAACGGCGGAGGCUUGCAGUCCCACCUGUACCAGCCCACUUUCCCGGGCAUGGUGCCCGCUUCCCUCGCCGGCCCCGGCAACGUGACGAGCGGCUCGCCGCAGCUCUGCAGCUCCCCGGACAGCGACGUGUGGCGGGGGACCAGCAUCGCCUCCCUGCGCCGCAAAGCACUCGAGCACACAGUGUCUAUGAGCUUCACCUAAUGCAGCUCCCCUGAGCAGCUCUCCCCUCACCCCCCUCUUUCCCCUCCUCCCCAACCUUCUGUCCAGCAGCCAAACAGCCAGGGAGUCGACUCAGGGUUUGAAAUGCAUCCUUCAGUACCCACACUCAAAUAGCAGGUGGGAGGGAGAGGGAGGGUGGUUGGUCAAACUCUUUAAAAUUAUUAAUAUUUAAAGAACCCACUCGAGGCACCAGGGACAAAGUGAACACCAUAUGGACUCAACUUCAAGAACUGUGUCAGUGGCGGUGAUCUGGAACUCUGAGCUGCCUCAUCUUUCUCAAUCACAUUUCCACAUGGCUAGAGUUGACCUGUUGCAAUAACAUGUUAAAUCACACAAAGAAGGAGCUCUGACCAACUUUAGGGGAAUUGUGUUUCUUUUUCUCUCUUUCAUUUGCUUUGAAUUUCUGCACGUUUGUAUUCUGCACAUGUCUCAUUAGUAUGUAAUCACUCUGAUACACUUCAGCAGGCCCAGCUUCUUGGACAUUUCGGUGAACUUCACUGUCAUUACCUCCGGGCCCUUUCCCGCUCCCCUGACUCUUCACCUGCCCCCCCCCCCCCAGGAGUAGAUACACAGCCAGCCUGCCCCCUAAUUCAAACUGGUCCUGGCUGACCACUAGUUCAACUCCAAUUGCCCACCUGGAUUCCAUGACCCUGAAUAUCCUUACCCCUCAAAAGAUACCUAAUUUAUGAUCAUUUCAAUUGACCACGACUCACUUCCCUUGGUUGCAGAAGAGGCUGGAUAGUCAAUGACAGAUAGAUAUGUGAGAUUAGCCUUUGCAGUGUUGCCUCUGCACUUUUAACAAAUUGACUGCACAACAUAUGUUUUGAUUCACCAUUCAAUCAAGAGACCACACUGAAACAUACUUCAGUCUUGCACUACAGCAGCCGCGGUAACACAAAAAGGCGGUGCAAGAAGGUGUACUGAUUAAUACUCUUUUCUCAAUGCACUAUGUUAUAUCGUUUGCGAGACUCGGUUCUCCGUGGUCGUAGCUCAUGACUUGCGUGAUUUUCUUUUUUUAUAUAUGAGAAAAAUCCUUCAGUUGAAAAAUGCCACUUGCACAGCAUGCCGAGAGGAAGGUCACCAGCAUGCCAUGUGCACGUGAGUAUUUCGAAGCCCAGAGCCAACAUAAAGUACAAACUCCACAUCUUCACCUGCAUGAACUGGUCAGAAUUAACUAUUGGGCGGAAGUUUCAUGUGAACGAAAUGAUCAAAGCUGUGAUAUAGGAUGUUUUUUGUGUAGAAUAACCAUACCGGUUAUACAUUGGUCGAUUCGUGAUAUGUUUUAACUUAUUGUCUGUACUUAUUUAUUGAACAUAGAUUUACAAAUAAAUGUUUGAUCUGUUAUUGAUUUUCUUUUGCGCUGGGUUAAAAUUUAUUCAUUACAGAGGGGGAAAUCCUGCCAUUUUGAAUAUGUAAUAUACAAUAUUCUCUUCAUGUUUUCGGAUUGUGUGAUCUUGGCUUAACAUCCCUUUCUGAUAAUACGCGAUAGCAUCCUCUGUGCCUUUUUAGCUGUCAUCUACAGCCCGACUCAGCAAGGCACUGAAUCUGUUUCCAAAUUAGUCAAGCUAUUGCAGAGUUAUGUUUAUUAUUAAACAACGACAAAUUAAUACAUCAUAACUUAAAAAAAAACAACGUACUGGUUAAGUGUUGGCUGGGCUUUCGAUGCAUUCAAUAGGAGAGUACAGUUAAAAGAGCACAGAAACAUAGGAAUUACCAUUCUGUUCAUCACUGCCCAAUUUAGCAACUAAGUGAUGGUUAUUAUUUUAAGAUGUUUUUAAUACACAAUGUGUAUUAAACCUUUAACGGAAUUUAUAAGAAAAAAGCUCUAUGAUUUCAUGUACAGUUAUUUGUAUUUAGAGAUGUCAGAAGCGUUCAAAAAGUGAAACUCGAUCUGUGGAAAUUCAAUAAAUGAAUUGAAUAAAAACAAAUGCAAUGCAUUGCAGGAAAAACAAAGUUUCGACGUUAUAGUUUUUGCACAGCCCUUCCACGUGUGUUUCACUAUCAAGUGACAAGAGUAAAAUAUAAAGACAGGCGGCAUUUUUACCUCACUGGUUUUCCUUCGUUCAUGGAAUGUAGGGCUUCGCCAGUUAAUCCAGCAUUUACUGCUCUUUCCCUGAUUUCCCUGGAAAAGGGGGUGGCGAGCUGGUUUUGUUUGAACCACAGCAGUCCUUGAGGAGUAGGGGCACCCAGUACUGAAGGGGAGAGAGGUCCAGGAUUUUUAACGCAGCAACAGCCAAGAAACAUGGUAUUUUGAAGUCAGGAUGGUGUGUGACUUGGAGGGGGACUUGCAGGUUGUGUUGUCCUCCUGCAUCUGCUGCACUUGUCCUUCUGGUUGGGAGAGGUCGCAAGUUUGGAAAGUGAUAAAAGGGGAUUAUUUUUGAAGUUGGUGCCAAUUCGGUAAUGGCCAGAUCGUGAAAAGCAUGUGGAAUUCGUUUUUAUAAAGAGUGAGUAACCAGCAUACCAGAUCUGAAUUGAAUAUGAGGAAUUGGGAGUUGGGGAAAGGAGUGGAGGGAGAUUUAGGAAUUGGGUGUUAUUCCAGAUCGCUGCUUUCAAAAGCAUCAAACACAGUUCCGACCAGUUUCCUUGCACUUUUUAGUUUUCGCCUCAGUCUUGUGUAAAUGCAGCCUUCUGAAGAUUUUGCACGUGUUGUAUUCAAAUAAGUUUUGAAUGCUGGAGUGUCAAGUUUUAUAUGUCCAGUAAUAAAGAUGGCAGCUGACUUUUCUGUGCUAUUCAUUUGGUUUUUCUCCAGUUCUCUACACGCUAUACCCAAGCAGGUUUAUGUUGCAUCACACAUGGACCUUCGAUCCAUUGCUAAUAGGUUUCAAACUGCAUUUAUGAGCGCCCACAGUUGCAAGGCACUGUCCCAGUAUACGCUGCAAUGGCAUUACCAAGGGGUUCAAAUCAAAGAAAGAUCUCUAGAUUAUCUGCCCCAUGCAAAUUUU